AUGCCGUUUUCGGUGAGCACGACGGAGUUUGUGCCGUACGACGGCGCCACCCGCCGAGUCGAUGCAGCAGCGGCAACGUGCGCUGUUGCAGCUCCCACCCCGUCUGACGUGGAGAGCGGCGGCAAGUCGCGUGUUUGUGUGGCGUUCUACGAGGCUGCGCAGUGCCCAUACAGCAACCGCUGCGAGCACGCCCACCACUUCUCCGAGUUGAACAGCAACACACAGAACAAACUGCUCGAGACAGUGCCAGUGGAGAGCAUUCCGCGCCACUUCAUGGCGCCACACCGCAACAACAAUGCCGACCAUGCUGUUUUUCAUAAGGGGCACAACAUGAGUGCCACGCGUGCCGCCACGUGUGGCGAGAAGACGAAGACCGCCGGCCACCGCCGAAGCGGCAAGCGGUCCACCCGUCUGCACGACCUGAGCGGCAGCAAUGCGUGUGAUAUCUCCCUGUCGAGCCUUGCGUCCAGCACUGACAGCUUCAUCCCACGCAGCGCACAGUCCUCCAAGGACGCGUCGCCACAAAAAGGCAUGAGACGUGACGACAUCGCGGAACCCUUCCGCAUACGUCUCCCUGCGCGCUGCCGUUACCCGCACCGCAACACACCCGGCACGUACUACGAUAUCCUCGGCGUCCCCCGCAGCGCGACGCAGGAGGAGAUUCUCGCCAGCUACCGUCGCUGGCAGAGAGAGUACAAGCGCGUGAAACAGGUAGACCAGCAGCGCGCCGAUGCGCACGACAACGUUGUUGUGGAAGCCCGCAAUGUCGUUGGCCACCCCGUACUUCGCGCGGAGUACGACCGCACGCUGCCCAGCUUCUGGGGCGGCGUCUCCGCCACGCUCUACGACACCACCGCCACCGCCACCGCCACCAACAAUAACCUCAGUGGCGUCAAGAAUAAUAUUAAUAAUAACGGCAUCCACAGCAGCAGCAACAACACCAACAGGGAUGCCAUGCGGGGGAAUACCACUGCUGCCUCAUCGGCAAACUCCUCGCGCUCCGUCAACGUUGACAACUCUAAUGUUUACGUCGCCUCCAUGCGGAUGGUCAAGAGCAAUUCGAGCGUCGACAUGUUGUCACUCAAUGCAGCGGGGCUCGCCGAUGACGGCAUCUGGUAA